AUUGAAUUCAUGAACAUUCUAUGUUGUAUAGUUUGGUUUAAUUUACUCUCUGCUUUGUAGAGUAUUUUGCGAAAAAAUUGUGACAUGUUAAUCGUGAACCGAAAAGACUUAUCUGUUGAAAUAGAGUAAUACAGAUGCAUUAUGGCUGACUCAUCUUAUGAAAAAGGACUCACGGAACUUUCGAAAAUGAAGGUUGCAGACUUGAAAAUUGAAUUAAAACAAAGGGGACUUCCUACCACUGGUAAUAAAAAUGAGCUGGUCGAGAGGCUUCAAUUAGCAAUUCAUGGUGAUUCGGCACUAUCUUUGGACGAAACAGCAGAAGAGAUUUUAGAUGAAGAUGCCGUCCUUGGUGAUGAAGAAAUAGAAGAGUUAUCAAGUAAACCAGAUUCACAAGAAUCAAAUGAAAAAAGGAAAUUAUCUACAGAGAGUAAUAUGAGUGCAAAAAAAAUAGUUCUAAAUCGUAAACCAAUCAUUGAAGAAGUUAAGAAUGAUUUAAUAGAAAAAACAGAGAUUGAUACAAAAACAAUCGAUGCUGCACCACAGGAAAAAAAGAUUAUUAAAUUAUCAGAGCUUGGUGUCAAAGAGAGAUUAGAAAUGAGGGCCAAGAAAUUUGGAUUGCCAUUAUCAGAGGCUGCCAGAAAGGAAGUCAGAUCUGCAAGAUUCAGUAUUAAUAAUCAAAAUAAUAAGUCAGCUGCUUCUGUAAAAACACCUGUGCAUACAACAUACGAUGUUUUAAAGAAACGGGCAGAAAGGUUCGGCACAUCAGUUUCUAAUUUAAUGGAAAAGGCCGAAUUGGAAGCUAGAAUAGAAAAGAGAAAAGCCAGAUUUGGUGAAGUGAAACCCUCCAAUGAAAAAGUAUUUCAUGAUAAAGUUAAGAUUGUUAAAUGAUAUUCAGUGUUAUAUACCAAAACAGCAACCUAGAUUGCAAAGCUUAUUCUAAGUUUUCUUAUUUUCAUUACAAUCAUUGUAUACAUAAUAAAAGAUCAUCGUAUUUGUUAUAAAAUACUUUGCACAAUAGA